AUUUAAUAAAAUAAAAUCCCUUUGCUGUUUUAAACAAUUAUUUAGUUGACCAUAAACCGUGUUAAAGACAACAUGAAAUUUUUUAUAGUUUUGAGUUUAAUUUUAAGUGUUUUCUCACUAACAUUUGCUGACGAAUCAGCCGGGUUCUUUACAGAUCCAGCUCAUCCUGGAAAAUGUGUUUAUGAAGAUGUAAUUCUUUCACCCGGUGAAGAGGCAAAAUUACCUGGACAGUGUGCUAGAUUCUCAUGUGGUGAAAACAGUUUUGCGACUAUUCAGGGUUGUGGUGUUAUGUUACCUCCACCCGGUUGUCAUUAUGGUGACUUUAUUGAUAGUAGUGCUCCAUAUUCCGACUGUUGUGAAAAGGAACUUAUAUGUUCUUAAUUCAAAAUAAAGUAUUUAAAUAAAUAUAGAUAUAAAAAUUAAAA